ACCGUUCAUUCAAAGGCCAAAAAAUGAAUUUAUUGAGAUUCGCGCUUCUUUUAGUGUUUACCUUUUCAUUUUCGACCGUGUCAGGCACGGAAGGAUUCGAUCCUUGCUGUUCGUUCCCUUGCCAGAAUCAAGGCGUUUGCAUGUCCACCUCCAAUCAACAAGAUUUCACGUGUGAUUGCACCGGCCUGGAAUACUACGGCAAAACUUGCGAAACUCCCUAUUUAGGUCGUCGAUUGAAAAAUUGGCUACGGCCUUCGUUAGCGACGAUGCAUCAAUUGUACACGGGAUGGCCCUGGUUGUGGAAGAUCGUCAACAACGUGCCGUUCCUACACCGAGCCGCUAUGCGCUACGUCUACAUGAGCCGCGGAGCUUCGAUCGAUUCCCCACCUCGUUUCAAUAGCGGACACGAUUACAUCACGACCGAAUCGCAUUUCAACACGUCCUACUACGCCCGCAGUUUGCCACCAGUUCCGCAACAUUGUCCUACACCCAUGGGCGUUGCCGGCCACAAGGAAUUGCCGGAUGUCAACGUGUUGGCUGAACGUUUCUUCAAGAGGAAAGAGUUCAUUGCCGAACCUCACGGAACGAACAUUCUGUUUGCUUACUACGCCCAGCAUUUCUCGCAUCAAUUCUUCCGGACGGAUCGGGCCAGAGGUGCGGCCUUCACGAAGGGAAACGACGGCGUCGACGUGUCGCACAUUUACGGACUGGACAAGGGCACGCAAGACGCGCUGCGUUCGUUCAGUCAAGGCAAAAUGAAAGUGCGGAUGACGGACGAUGGCCAGCAAUUCCCUCCGUUGCUGCGCGACGCUCCCGGCGUGCACAUGAUCUACCCGCCGCACACGCCGCAAGACGAGCGUGUGGCUCUAGGACACGCCUUGUUCAGCAUGCAGCCCGGAUUGUUUGUCAUGUCCACCAUCUGGCUGCGAGAACACAACCGCAUCUGCGACGUCCUCCGGGCGGAGCAUCCGACUUGGGACGACGAGCGAUUGUACCAGACGGCCAAAUUGAUCGUCCUGGCCCAGAAUUUGAAGAUCACCAUCGAAGAGUACGUCCAACACCUGAGCCAGUACAAAGUUAAACUCAGCUACGACCCGGAAUUGCUCCGCGACCAGCCGGCCUUCCAGUUUUCCAACCGAAUUCACGUGGAAUUCGCCCACCUCUAUCACUGGCAUCCGCUCGCUCCGGACGCAAUCACACUCGGCAACAGCACCUACACGCUGGAACAAUUGAGUUUCUCGACGAAAGCAGUGGCCCAACACGGACUGGCCUCUUUCGUCGAAGCCAUCGCCACUCAACCGGCCGGAGCCUUGAGUCACAGCAAUCACGGUGCCAUGUUGCUCGAUCAGUUUAAAGACGUCGUUCUGCAAGGCCGCCAACUGAGGCUGCAGAGUUUCAACAAUUACCGCGUGCUGUUCGGCAUGCCCAAGUACACGAGUUUCAUGGAACUGACGGGCGGCGAUGUGGACAUGUCGCGACAGUUGCAACUCCUCUACGGACACAUCGACGCUCUCGAAUUCUAUCCGGGCAUGUUGCUAGAGAAAUCAGAAGCUUCCGUCACGCCUUUCACGAUGGUCAACAUCGGCGGGCCGUACGCCGUCAAAGGCAUGAUGGCCAACCCGAUUUCCAGUCCGCAAUACUGGAAGCCGAGUACGUUCGGUGGUGAAGUCGGUUUCAACAUCGUCAAGACGACCACCAUCCGCCAAUUGUUUUGCCGCAACAUGGCGCCACAAGAGUGCGGACAUAUCGGAUUCCACGUGCCGGAAGAGCGUCAGUCGUUCAACGUCGCAUCGUCCCAAACGAAUGCCAAUCACGUUCCAUUGCUGGAACCUUCGCCCGUUGCUCACUACGCCACCCAUGCUGGAAGUGACGCUUCGUUCAGCAGCAAGACGUUCUCGCCUCCGGCUGCCGGAAUGACGAGCACUCAGUACGCCGCCAAGUACCGGCCGUUGACGGUCGAUGAUUUGGAUUUCGUUGAUUGCCAACCUCCUGCAGCUCAUCAAUGGUCGAGGCCAGGAGCAGCUAGUCAUACGAAUAAUUAUUGUCGUUUGAGAGAGGCCCAUCCAAUUUAGACUCCCCUACCCCCCCCCCCUCGUGAACGUGUUAUCUCUCCAAUUCGAGUCAACUGCUCACGUAACGCAGUUCGUU